AUGACCGGCUCAGACUUGUCAAAAACUUCGUCUCCGGACAUUGUAACUAUAACGACCGAGCCCACGCGGUGGCAGAGGUUUCAAGACUCAUUUAAAAGAGCAGAGGAGUCGUCGAGCGAGGAUUUGGCCUCGCUAAAUACGCUUGAGCGGGCUGUGCAGAAAACGGCACACUCCCAGCUUAAAUCCACCAUUGGCCCAAUUUCCCAGGCUUUUAUUGCCCUCGGAGGAUGUGUGGGAUCAGGUCUUCUCAUUGUUUCGGGCAAGGCGCUUUAUGCGGGCGGCCCCGCUGGUGUUUUGAUCGCUUGGUUCAUUGUUUCAACGUUUCUCUACUGCGUUAUGCAAGCGCUUGCCGAGUUGUCGUCGACUUUCCCUGUCAGUGGGUCUUUCGCUGUCUAUGCUACGAGAUUCAUUGAUCCAUCUUUUGGUUUCGCUGCAGGCUGGAACUACGCCAUGUUCUGGGUGAUUGUGUUGCCGCUCGAGUUGGUUGCAGCGUCCCUUACUAUCAACUUCUGGAACUCCCACAUCAAUUCGGUGGUGUGGGUAGUCAUUUUCUAUGUGCUCAUUCUUGUGUUGAAUCUUUUCGGUUCGGCGGGCUUCGAGUACUUUGAACUUGUGUCGUCCAUCAUCAAGCUUCUUGGUAUUGUCGGAUUCAAUAUCUUGGCCAUUGUCUUGAUUUGCGGUGGAGGAGAUGAAGGUUUCAUUGGAGCAAAGAAAUGGGAACACACCGGCGCUUUCGCUCACGGAUUUAAAGGUGUGGUUAGUGUGUUGGUCACUGCAACAUACUCUUUGGCCGGAACUGAAUUGGUCAGUAUGACAGCGGCAGAAUCUCGUGCAAACCCCAGAAUCGCAUUGCCUCAUGCCAUUAAAAUGGUCUUCUACCGUAUUCUUGUGUUUUACAUGAUCACACUUACACUCAUCACAUUCUUGGUUGCAUCUGACAAUUCUAAGUUGGUUGGUGGCUCCAACGCUUUGGCGUCGCCUUUUGUCAUUGCCAUUCAAGCAGGCGGAAUCAAAGCGCUUCCUUCCAUUUUCAACGUCAUUGUUCUUGUGGCUCUUUUGUCCAUUGGAAACUCGGCCGUUUACGGUUUUUCAAGAACAAUCUUGUCCUUGGCCGAACAAGGCUUGGCUCCCAAGAUCUUUUUGUAUGUUGACAGAUGCGGAAGACCCUUGGUUGGUGUUGCUGUUUCUGCUAUUGUGGGACUCCUUGCAUUCGUUUCUGCAUCGCCUAAACAGGCUGAAGUUUUCAACUGGCUUGUGGCACUUUCGGCUUUAUCUACCUUGUUCACUUGGGCUUCUUGCACAAUUGCACACAUCCGUUUCCGGGCCGCUAUGCACAAGCAAAACCGUUCUUUGACGGAGUUGCCAUAUCUCUCUCAAACGGGAACUUGGGGCUCCUGGUAUGCCACCAUCUGUUUGAUUGUGAUUUUGGCACUUCAGUUCUGGAUUUCUUUGUUCCCAUUGGGCCAAUCUCCAGACGCUAAGGUUUUCUUUGAGAACUAUUUGGGUGCUGUCAUUGCAGUCUUGUUUUACGUGGGCCACAAAAUAUACCUGCGCAAGCUCAACACUAUUGUGCCCCUUGAAACCAUGGAUCUUGACACUGGAAGACGCGAGACGGAUUUCGAGAAGUUGAACCAGGAACUUGCAGAAGAAAAAAUGGCAUUUAGAACCUUGCCAUGGUACAAGAAGUUGUACCAGGUUCUUUUUUAG